AUGCAGGACAGUCACAAGUCGUUUCUUAUCAAGGACCUGCUGGGCGACGUGCUGCGGCCCGGCGCGCCCGGUGCAAUUAUGAAUUAUGUUGAUGAUAAAAGGGAGAGCGGAUGCCAAUCGUCCCCCGGCCACAACAUAGAGACCUCCGACCUCGAGGACGAUAUCUCUGUAGGCGACAACCGCAGCGACGCCUCCACGCCCAACAAAACUAGAUUCGGCUUCGACACCGACGCUGAUUGUUACCAGAAAAAAAUCGAUACCGACGACACAGAACGAUCCUCCCCAGUCGAAUACAAUUUGAAUCGAUUACAAAACUCGAGUUACAAUUCACCGUUUAAAGAAGAAGACAAUGAAUUCGAAAACCGGACGGAGGAGUCGAUGAAGCUGUACGACAACGGUCUCUUUCAUUUGUACAGGACGGAAAGGGAUGGCAACAAGGAUGAAGCCGGCGAUGGGUUCAUGGGCGGUGGUCUAUCGGAGGGUAUUUACGGAAGAUCCAUGGACCUGUCAAAGAGCACCUUCCAGUCUCAACUUCUAGCUGGAUUCGCGUCUGUAAUGGCUGGCAACUCGCAGAGAGAUUCGCAGGAGUCUGCUGAUCGUCAGCACGCCAAGCCCGCGUCGUCAUCGGGUGGUCGGAAGCCGCGACGCCGACGCACAGCAUUCACACACGCGCAGCUCGCGUAUCUUGAACGCAAGUUUCGCUGCCAGAAGUACCUGAGCGUGGCGGACCGCGGGGACGUAGCCGACGCGCUCAGUCUCAGCGAGACGCAAGUCAAGACAUGGUACCAGAACCGACGAACAAAAUGGAAACGACAAAACCAACUUCGUUUGGAGCAGUUGCGGGCGCAGGCGGCAAGUGGCGAGCGGGAACUGCCGCAUGCGCUGCCUCUGGCGUGCGCUCUGCUGCCCCCUUACCCACCAUACAUGCACUGCCAUCUAUAAUGCCCCAGACUACAUCUA